ACAGGAUGUAUGUUAGAUGGAUAGCAACCUGUGUGCGUUCUAAAUACAUAAUUUGUCGAACCGAGCGACGGUUCUCAUCAUCCAUUGCCACACUGCAAGUGCUAUGCUAUGCAGAUUGCAGAGACUUCACCAGUUCACUUGGACAUUGUCAGGAACGGUGGAAAAGGAAACAAGAACCGGAAGCCUACCCGCGCACACGGUACGGCUCCUCCUUGCACACGGCACACGCAAACAGCACGAGGUCAGCACGGUCGCUGGCGACGCCUUGCGAUGGAGAGCCCCACGUCGGCGACGUCGCGGCCGGACUUCUACGACUUCCUCGACCGCAUGCGCCGCCCCGCCGCCGCCGGCCUCUUCCGUUCCAUCAAGAGCUUCGCGCUCGCAGCUUCCUGGUGUCCUUCUCCUUCCACGAGCCCAACGCCGAGGACGGCAGCAAGGUCCAGGCCUUCCUCGCGGAGAUGGAGAGCGCCAUCAGGGACCACCCGCUCUGGGCCAGCGCCACCAAUCAGGAGAUUGACCACGCGCUCGAGGGCCUUGAGAAGUACGUCAUGACGAAGUUGUUCAACCGCACGUUUGGAUCGUCCGCGGAGGACGCGAUCACCGACAUGGAGAUCUCGGAGAAGAUUGGUCUCCUGCAGCAGUUUGUUAAGCCUCAGCACUUGGAUAUACCCAAGGUUCUGCAUAACGAGGCGUCCUGGCUGGUUGCAGUUAAAGAGUUGCAGAAGAUCAAUUCCUACAAAGCACCACGUGAGAAGCUUCUAUGCGUCAUGAGCUGUUGCCAAGUCAUUAAUAACUUGCUUCUGAAUGUAUCAAUGUCAAAUGAUCGAACACUAUCUGGGGCCGAUGAAUUCCUUCCUAUUCUUAUCUAUAUUACUAUUAAGGCCAAUCCUCCUCAGCUGCACUCAAAUCUGAAGUUUGUUCAGCUCUUCAGAAGAGAAACAAAGCUUAUCUCAGAAGUCGAAUAUUAUCUGACAAAUCUCAUUUCAGCAAAGAUGUUUAUAAUAAAUGCCAAUGCCCGCUCACUAUCUAUGGAAGAAAGUGAGUUUCAGAAGCAUAUGGAAUUGGCAAGACUAAGUACUCAAAUAUCUGUUGCUAGCCCUAGUAGUUCACAGGGACUUCCUGCAUCGGCCAAGGCACUUCACGAGGAAAGUGAUAUAGCAGGCUCCAGAUUCCCCUUCAUGGACUCAGAAACCGAAAGUUUGACAACAGGGGAAGUCAAGCAAUUGCAUGACCUCUAUAGGCAAGUAGUCACCAGAUAUACACUACUGUCUAAAGCUUUAAGAAAGUUAUCCAUAGAUGAGGAUCAGCUCCUUAAUUCAGUACAUGAUUCAUGAAGUGAUCUGAAGAUGCUGGGUAGAGUUGGUAUCAAUUAAUUAUGAGCAGCCUCCAUAUCCACAAUACUCAUGCAAGUUCAAAUGGAGAAAACACAUGCACCCUGUUUCCAUUGGUUGCAGCCUCAUAGGAAAAAGAAUGAGGUCUUACACUCAUGCUUGUUCCUCCUUCAGAUCUCAAUGCAUGUAUGUGCUAGAAGGCUCCAUCAAGUCCAACGCGAUACAGGGCUAUUACCUGUGAAUUGGGCCUUGUGCAUGGCAGAUGCUGCUUUUCGCUAUGAGGUGUCCUCACAGUCAGCCAGAAAUUGAGUAGCUCUUCUUCCAAAUUAGUGGACCCAGAGGGAGGCAUUGAAGUGAAACAUCUACCAACAAGAUAUAACUAGCGCCACCUAUGCACGGUUAGCUCAUGCUGAUGCUUCGGCUGGUGAUCCUUGUUAUGUCUGAUGGAUUUCCCAACAUCAGUUCUGUGCAAAACAGAAAAUUGACGAUUUCACAACUUAUUGCUCGAGCCAUCAACUUCUAAACGUCUUAACAGUAUUUUGGCGCUGAUAGGCUUCCUGCAAUGGAGAGAGUGAAUUCUGACACGGAACGCAGGACACAUUAGGACUUCUGGGGAAGGCAGGGAUGGAGAGGGAGUACCAUAGGCUGGAAAAAUUCUGAAGCCCGUCAUGCUGUACAACUAUGCUUUGUUGAUUGCGACAUUCUGUAGUUUUUUUUCUUUGGAAUACGUAGAAGAAAUGUGUAUAUUUGUAUUAAGUAGAAGAAAUGUAUAUCUUUGUAUUAAGUAGAAGAAAGUUGACAGUGUUCUGUAGUUAAUGUCGAGCCUUGAGGUUUGAGCAUUGUAGUAUUAGGAAAAGGAUGGAAUUGUGCUACACAUUAAUGGGAUGUUAUGGCAAUGUACUGGGGGAGCUAAUCUGCGGAAAUUGGAACAAAGGAACUUACAUGUUCGGUUACAAAAA